AUGAUUACUCGAGGCAAGAGCUGUCUUCGACGCGGCAACUUGUCAACUUUUCUAGAUAAUGUCGCUGUUCCGGCAUCGAAUGAGCCUCUGCAGUUCCUGUACCCUCCUUUCGCGAAGAUUCAGUUGAUACGAUGUCCGGCUUCGGAGUCUCGAGCUUGUUUUUCUUCUACCCGACGGCCGAGGUUGCGCAGACAUUAUAAUGGGUUACAACAGCAGAGUCAAUCAGUUGGUCAUAAGUCCCGAAGAUGGAUGACGCAAGAUAGCUAUCUAGCUAGGAGGGAUGAUGUUGAUGGAGGUCGGGUUGGUCACCGUGCAGUGAUAUCCGAUCCCGAACUCAACCGUGAAGCCGUGCUCAACCGGUUCGACGAUGGAUACCAGCGGACCGGUCGUCUACAUGCAAGCCCUCCUGAGCGCAAAACCCAGUUGCAAAACGAAAGCGAGCUUGACAAUCUACCCGAUGAGCCCGUGGGCAAAGAGGACACUGAAAACCAAAACGUGGAAUAUGAGAAUGUGGAAAAUGAGGGCCUUGAUACAAAACCUUUCACAAUCCGCACGGUACAGUCAAAUGCACCAUCUCCCGAGGAAAGAGAGCUACGGUCUUUAAUGCGCAAACGUGAUGCGGAUCUAGCCCGAAUGUCGGCCCAAGUUAACACAUCAGCGCUGUCAAAAAAAUUGAGAUAUCGGCAAUUCAUCGUAUCGCAGCCCAAGGCGAAAUUCAAGACACUGCCCCACUGGACAGAAUUCAUGUCACGCCUGGAGAGAAUGCACAAUGAAACGAUUGUAACGCCGACAAAAGGCGUACGCAAGGAAAUUCUACUACGAGAAGAGACAGUUGCAUUCUUCUCCGGCACUACGAGAUCGAUGGAGAACAUCUGGUACGUCCGGAUUCGGAACGGGUGUAAGGUCCAAAUACUGGACUCUCUAGAGAGCGAAGGAAUCUAUCGCAAAGUGGUUCUCUCGGGUACAAAACGGGUCAUUGAGUUGGUAGAGAGACAGUUUCAACAAUACGACGAACAGAUUCGGCAGUCAGGAUUAUCGCCUGUCAUUCCCUCAAUGCUCGCUUUGCGUCAGCAAGGCGUGACGCCUCCCCUCGUUCGAAGAUGGUGGUUCUCUCCCCCGAGCAAUGAUAACCGUACAACGGUCUCGGAACCAGUCCCAGGCACCGUGGUGAAUAGUAUUCGAAAGUUCAACAGAUUGGUCGAGCAAUGGGUCUAUUACGAACCCCCGGUAAAAGACUACUGGCAUACCACUCGAGUGAAAGACGAGCUCGUUGAUUUGUUUACAAGUCCUGGAAAUAAGCUCUAUCUCUCAUCCAAUGCCUUGCACCUGGCACUUACUUGGUUGCUCGACCAUGAAUUUCUGGAUUCAGCUCGCAAGGUGUUUGAAGUUGCCAAGGUGGUUUCUACUACAAACACGUUCAACGCUUUUCUCCGGGCAACGGCCAAACGUCAGGAUCCCUGGUACUUUCGGUAUGUUCUGAUGGAGAUGGAGAAGGCAAGGGUUCAGCCGAAUGGACAUUCCUGGAUGGCUUUAUUGAAGUCCCUCGUUUCGCCGGGUUCGAGAAGGGAAUUGAUGAGACGCAUGAAGGAGUUGGGGUUGACAAAAGAUAAGAGGGUGCUGCAUGAUAUGAUAGAGCACGACCUCUCCUUGAUGGUUUCUACUUUUCUUGAAGAGGGACACGAGAUUCAGGCCUUUUUGGAAACUCUGGAACGAGAUUACGGUAGUGAUAUCAUGACGACGAACUUGUUCAACGAGAUCUUGAAUGCAGUCUUCUUGAGACGAGACUUUGAUCUUGCCGCAGACAUUCUUAAAAGCUACAAACGGUUCGGGCUCGCGCCAAACGCCAGAACGUUCACCGCUGCAUUACCCAUAUUCUACCGAAUUGAUCCUGCUGUGGAAGUCAUAACACCUUAUUUGAGAGACCAUGAACACCUCCUUCACCACCGCCACUACGACAUGUUAUUCCUCGAUGCUAUAGCGUCGAAUGCAAUCAACGCAUGUCGAGUCAUCUGGAGAUAUGCGAGCAUGAGAGGCGAAACAAGCCCAACAAUGCGAUAUAUUGUCCUAUCAUCUCUCCUUGGCAAAGCUACAGGCAAAGGAUCAAAACAUGUAAUCAACCCCGAUCACAUACACCAUCACAUUGGCGCACUUGUUAUCGGCUUGGUCUAUCCGCAGACACAACCCGGGACAAAGGCUGCGUCCCUGGUACCUCAAGAGUAUCAGAUGAAUCCAAUAAUAUACUUGCUCCGGAACAGGGACAAGAUGUCAGCAUCCGAAAAGAACAAGCUUGUUAAGGCGUUGAUGGAGGACGAUAUCGAAAGAGGUACACAGUGUCAACCUCUCGAACCAUUUACGGUCAUGCUAGAUGCGGCCGUCAGACUUGAUUCGAGUCCAGAGUAUAGUUGGGACAGGCCCGAAGAAGGAAAUCAUGUUGGCAUGAAGAAUUUGCCGACGAUUGAGAUGCUUAAACAUGUCAUAGAUGUUCCUGUAGAACAGGCAUCACAGCCAUCGGCAGAUACGGCCGGUUUGUAA